AUGAAGGACCACUUGAUAAGAACUUUUGUGUGGACUGCUCGGGAUAAUCAAGAUCCUGAUAAGUUUGUAUUUAGUCGGAAAGAUAGUAGGAAAGCUCUUGCUCGUAGCUUAAUUUGUGAUGAACAGACUCCAAGCGAUGUUCAGAGGGAAAAGUUUAGGAUUUUCAUGUCCCUGGCAUGUCCUUCUUUUCGGAUACCAUCGUGUUCGACGGUUAAUCGGGACUGCUAUGAACUUUUUGAGGAGGAGAAGACAAAGUUAAAGAGCAUCUUGUGUAAUAAAAGGGUUAGUCUUUCUGUGGAUGCAUGGACAUCUGAGCAGGAAACUACUUAUUUAUGUGUCAAAGCCCAUUUUCUAGAUUCCAAAUGGAAACUGCAAAAAAAUGUGUUAGAGUUUUGUCCGAUAUCUGAUCAUAGUGCAGGGGCCAUAGGAAAGGCAGUUGAGAAGUGCUUACUUGAUUGGGGAAUAGAUAAGAUAUUUGCUAUAACUGUGGAGGACUCGCAGUCAAAUGAUGUUGCCAUUCAUAACUUGAAAACAAGAUUCUCUAAUUCAGAGAACAGUUUGCUUGGUGGCAAGUAUCUUCAUCUAAGAUACAUUGAUAAUGUGAUCAAAAUUAUGGCUUCUGACAGCUUGCAAGAAAUAGGUGAAUCAGUUGCUCGCAUUCGGGAAAUGGUCCACUCUAUUGUGCUUUCUCCUGCUAGGUUGAUAAAGUUUAAAGAAUGUGUGGAAUUAGAGAAAAUAGGCAACAAGAGAAUGCUAUGCAUGGAUGUCCCCACCAACUGGAUCUCCACCUUUUUUAUGUUGGAUACAGCCCAAAAGCUCCAAAAAGCCUUUGAGAAGUUUCAGGAAUCAGAUCCUCAUUGUAAAAGUGAAACUAGGGGUGCUGGUAUGCCUAACAGAGAUGAUUGGCAAAAGGUCGAGUGGUUUAUCCAGAUAUUGAGGCACCUGUAUGGGCUAACAUUGCAUCUUUCAUGCUCUAGACAUGUCACAACAAACACAAUCUUUGCUCGGUUGUUUGAGGUUCAUCAUCUCUUGAGUGAAUGGCAAGACAGUACUGAAAUGGGCAUCAGUUCGAUGGCUAGGAGAUUGAGGGAAAAAUAUACAAACUAUUGGGGAAAAUAUAAAGAGAUGAAUUUGGUAAUCUACCUUGCCCUUAUCCUUGAUCCUCGAUACAAGUUGGAAAUUCUUGAAUCUUUACCUUCAGAAUUACAUUUGACUCCAGAAAUGGGAGAAAUUGCGAGAGAGGCUGCUUUUACCUUGUUUGAUGAAUAUAAAAGAUUAUAUGUACCUGAAAAGUCAUCUUCUAGCGAGAAAGAACCUGAAUCAGGUGUAAGAUCUUUUCGCAGUGACUUUGAGAAGUAUAUGAUUCAAAAGAAAAGGGAGGAAGCUCUUGCUGCUUUUGCUGAUGGAAAAUCAGAUUUGGAGAGGUAUCUGGAUGAACCUACUGAACAAGAUUGGGAUUAUUUUGAUGUUUUGGGUUGGUGGAAGGGCAAUAAUCAUAGAUUCCCCAUUCUCUCAAAUAUGGCUCGUGAUCUGUUAGUUGUUCCCGUCUCCAGAGCUGCUCUGGAAUCUAAAUUUAGCAGAGCAGGUUAUAUUCGUGAUUCAUUUAGUGGAAAGGGUUCUAAGAUGUUGCAGGUGCUUUUAUCCACUAAAAGUUGGCUUCUCCCCCCACAUUCUUCCAGCUGUGUUGAAGAUGAUGUUCAAAACCUUGAAGAAGCAGAAAGGAUUUGACAGAUUUUGCUGUGAAACCAACUAUUUUGGACAAUUGACUUUUAGAGUUAGAGAUACUUCGAAGUCUUGAAGACUGGCUGUUAAUGUCAAGGGGCUUAUGGCUUAUUACUGGAUUUGAUUCAAGGCAAAUCAUGUUUCUG